GAGAUCAGCCGCAAUUCCGAAAGGGACGAUGGGAUGCCCUGCUUUGGGACGAUGCGAUUUGUUCACGGCGUUGCCGUUUUCGACGGCCGUGGGGGAUGCCGUCAGCUGGUGCAUCCCUGCGUUUCGAUAUGCGCCUCAUCUCCGACAUCAAUGCGUGCCGCCGUCCACGUUUAUAUUAGCCUGGGAUGGCCUGAUGGGCGACGUUGGUACAGAUUAUUCUGUACUUGGUAACUAGUUGUGGGCAGGUUGAUUGUUGUGCUCCAUGGGCAGAUUACCUUGUCGUUCAACAUCGGUGUCAUGCGGAGACGGCGAUACGGGCGAACCGGCGUUUUGCGCAAAGCCCGCUCGUUCUCAAGGUUGGAUUGUGAAUCCCUCGGUUGUGGCAACCCUCUCACCGCGUCCCUGCUCCCUCGGAUAGCUCCCGAAGGAAGUGAUUAUCCCAGAGCCACGGGCACAGCCGGCACAACUCAAAACAAAGCCGCUUACUGUGUACUUGUAUUCUGUGCAUCGUGUCACAAUGUGCAUCUCGACCGCCCCUUUGCCGAAACCGUUUUUGAUAUCCCUCUGUCGGUGUCCUGGAGGGGUUCUUUUGGGAUGAUGGAGUCGGUGGAAAAAGGUCCACCGCAUUGCAAACGGAUACCCCUGAACCAUGUCUCAAUCCCGCUUGGCCCAGGUACGGAGGCGCUUGCUAUUAGGGGUCAAGACGCACAGUGUGCUGGAUGGACGGAUCGCUUGGCACUGCGACGAGGAUCUGCAAAACAGCCCUUGAGGAUCCAAUCAUGCCCGCAUAUGCCUCGAAACAUCAGACGGAAAGAGGCACACUUCAUGAAGGGGAACUGGCUGAGCGAGGCGGCGAUGUUUCGUGAGCGGGAUGCAGUUGAGUUGUUUGUAAUCGCCAUCUGUCGUCGUCAGUGAUGCAAGCCCGUCAGCCCAAGGGUGUGAGUGCGUCGGGUGAUGUCAGGAUACGGGUCGACCGCUCAAGCUGGAGGAAGAGGUUGAUCCAUUACACAGUUGUUAUGGCUUUC